AUGGACCUUAAGGGAAUCGAAGCUGCCGGAUGCGAGGACUCGAAGACCUUUGGCUUCUUUUCCACGGUGAGGGGCCUGGAUGUCUCGUGUGAGGCACAGCGGCGCAGUCAAAGGAUUUCAUCCCCGCAGAUCGAUGGCAAGGCGAAGAGAGAGAGAGGAGAGAGAGAGAGGCGAGGAGGGCUGGCAUUGGCGGAAGAUGAAGGGGAAGACGAGGAGGAGGAGAGAGAAGAAAGUUCGCAUGCGCGACCCAGCGUCGCCUGGGGAGCGACUGGGAAGCGGAUCGGUGGUCUGAGAGACUCUGAAGCGGUGAGGGCCAAGCGGAUUGGGGCGGGGAAGGCGAUAGAGCGGGAGGCUUUCUGCAGGUGUUGGACCUAUCUGCGAAGCAUCCACGCGUCUGAAAAUCACAGUCGAUACGAGAACGUGUCAGAGCAUGUUCGACGUUGGACUUUCCCGGCCGACGAGGCUCCUUGCCACUCCGCAUCGCACGCAUCAUUUGUGCGACAGGGAGUAAGGAAUGUUCCGGGGCAGGUUGCGCCGUCCGAUCGGCACUUGGAAUCCCUCGACGCCGGUGAGCGUUUUUUGCACGCGGGCCGUUUUUGGCACUCGGCGCUCUGUUCGGCGACCUUUGGGUCCGUGGUGAUGACGAAGUCGGAAGUGAUGAUGGAGUCGGAAGCGAUGAGUCCUGGGAUUUCAGUCCUGGGAGUGGGUCCCGGUGAUGCGGGGAAAGUGAUCGGGAGCGGCUCGGAACUCGCGGUGGAGGCACUUCAUCCAACCUCGAGGGUGAAAGAGGAGCAUGAAAGGAUAGAAGAGGAGCAUGAAAGGAUAGAAGAGGAGCAUGAAAGGAUAGAAGAGGAGCAUGAAAGGAUCGAAGAGGGAAAACACUCUUUCGCAGGGCACUUACAUGGAGGAAUCUUCUUCCUCCUCGUCCUCGUCCUCCUUCCGUUCCUCUUCAUCUCCAUCGCCUCGCUGGCCGGCAAUGGUGACACCAGCGUGCAUGGGGCUCUCCCUGUCUCUCUGUUCAGGGUGCAACGACGACCUGUGAUAAACUCGAUGAAAUAUGAGGAGGAGAAGGAGGAGAUGACACGUCCCCCAGUUACAAGACGGGCACCAGUACCUCUUCCACAGGAUAUUACCAAAGAGUUGAGCUCCAGAGUAGUUCAGAUGAGAGAGAAAUGCUCAAAAUUCGGCCUGGACAAGAGAGGGGCAAAGAAGUACCUGAAACCGAACCCCUGGGAGUACUACAUCAACAAGAAAUUCCACCUCGUUUGGUGUCCCAUUUUUAAGGCUGGUGCAUCUUCUAUGAUGUACAGUUUUCUGUUGAUGUCCGGGGCCCUGACGGAAAAACAGAUCGAAGAGACGCUGAAGAAAGACAAGACGAUGAUCCCCAUGGCGAGGAAGCUUUAUCCCAGACCGUCCGUGAAGGAUCUCACGGCUGCCACCGAGAAGGAUGGAGGUUCCAUCGUCUUCCUCAUCGUCCGGGAUCCCUUUCAGAGGCUCUACUCCGCCUAUCAGGACAAGAUCCUCGACGCUUUCAAGGGAAGCCCCCACGACAAGAUGGGUCGGCAGAUCAUUCUCAAGUACCGGAGUCUCUCGCUGGCGGAGAAGCUGGCCCUGCGGAGCCGGACGGCAGACGCAAAACCCACUUUUGAGGAAUUCGUCCGUUAUAUCCUGGUGCAGAACCGCCGUGGAAACAUGGACAUGCACUGGAUUCCGUACUACCAAUUUUGCACGCCGUGUCAGGUGAGCGUGAACAUGAUCCUGAAAAUGGAGGACUUGGACCGAGACCAGACAUACCUGUUCGAGAAGAUCGGGGCCUCGGACCUGGUUCGUCCCCGCUGGGAGAACAAAGGGAGGCACUCCAACAAGACGAAAGAGGAGGAUGUCGUCAGGAUCGUCUCGAGUCUUCCGGUAGAUGUCCUUCGAGGGCUCAUCGAUAUAUACGACAAGGAUUUCCAGUUAUUCGGGUAUUCCAUCGACAAAUAUCGAGCGCCGACCGAUCCCUCUCUAUAGUUUUCCGAUUUUGGGAUUCAAUAGUGCAAUGUUAGGGAAAGACUUUCAUGAGAGUUCCGAUUGGUUUUGGACAUACAUUUUUUUAGGGGGGCUACUCGCCUGCUAUUCUUGAAUAUGGGACGUUGGGAUUUGACUUACCCCAUAAAUGGUAAUAUGAGGUGCUUCCAGUCAGUACCAGUUUAUGAAGACAAAGCGUGACUUGAGAAUAGGUAGGUGCUAAAUGUCAUAAAUAAAAACAUAUGUAAAAUAUGCUAGAAAAUGCGUUCCACAACGGAGAAGAGAGCAGAGUACGCCGUUCGGCUCGUCGUUGAAGGCCUUUACCCCGAAAUCUUUUUUUCAUUUUCUGACGGAGCAAUAGAGAGCUCUAUCUAUUUUCUCUUCCCUAUUUGCUGUUAAAUUAGCGAGAACGUGGUGAAUUUUUUUUUUUGGUAGCAGAAUGUCUCGGGGGGAAUAUGAGGAAGAGGUAGUGGAAAACCGUUACCGAGGGUUGGGUGCUGAAAUGUGGGAAUUCACCCUCGUCGAUUUCAUGAGAAAGGAAACUUCUUGAUAUGGUUAUUUAUGGCUGUUUUCCUGUCCCCUCCCUUCUUUCUUCAUAUUGUACCAAUUGUAUCGAUCACGACGGUUCGCUCAAUGGAGGCUCUCUGUUGGACUUGAGCCUUGCCCGAUUUGUUGAUCUCGCGACAGAUUGCACUAGGCGAGAGGCCUUUGAUGUUCUUAGCCGACUUCUAGUCGUACCGAUUGUAGAAUGCAAUGCGUAUGUGCAAAGCUGAUUGCAAAAAUUGUUUUCCCCAAGAUACGUCAUGGUCGAAUUUUGACAAAUUGGCAGAGAAAACUGCCGGAGGCCGAAACGUCGAAUUCGUGGUCUUUCCGCUAAGUAACUUCACGCCGUUACGCAUAGUUCCUCUUACACUUCGUCUGUAGUGGAGCAUUUGUAAGGCAUUGCUUGUAACGUAUUGCUCCCAACAUUUGCAACAAUGGUGUGAUUUAUGUGAUAGAAUAUUCGAGUAUGACCUUGAUUUCCAAGGUGUAUUAUGCAGUUUGCUGAUGUAUUGUGUUGUUUGACUUUUACCAGAAUGAAGAGAUGAUUCUUUGGAAUA